AUGGAUAGUUUCAUUGCACCGCAAAUUAGGAUCUUGAUUGGAGACAACAAGCUCUGUAAGGAGGGUCUCUCUGUUCCCGUUGCAUAGGCAAGUUAACCUACCUAAGAGAGAGAGAGCGAGAGAGAGAGAGAGACGACGAAAGAGAGAGUUAAACAGAGGUCCUGGUGCGGCGGAAGAGAGAGAAAGAGGGCGCGACUGAGAACUGGAGAAAACGAGUGGAGACCGAGAGAGAGAGAGGAGCUUCAUCAGUUCAGCACUUAAGAACCACCGAAACUCCCUCCGCCGCAUCCGCCCUUUACGCCGUUUCACAACAGCCUCCACCGCCGAAGGCGAAGACUGUCUUGUCGUACCCGGUCUCGCCAUCGUAUGCUUUCUCUUCUCUUUUCAUCUUCUUCUUUCUUCCGCCGGUCUCCCCAAACCCAUGAAGAGAUUAUCGCAGAAUCCAAAGCUUUUUCGCUGGAAAUCCUUCCUCCUUUUCCUUUGAUGUUCUCAGUUCAGCUCUGAUCCUUCGUCGCCACUCUCUCCACAGUUCUGAUGGCGGCGACUGCGAUAGUUUCCGAUUUUGUGGAAUGGAGGGAGAGUAUCAUCUCUCAGGAGCGCGGAAGCCGCGUUGUCCAUUACUUCCUUGAGGACUCUAACGGACAAUCCCAUCUCGCCGUGAUCGGCACCGAGAGGAGCUUGAGACACAUGCUCUAUGUGGUCUCUGAAGAGUUUCACCAGUCCUAUUGCCCAGACAAGUCUGCAGUUUCAAGCCUCAAGUGGAGAUCGAGAAGAGAGGUCGUAGAUUGGCUUAGUUCGUUUCUCCCGGGGAAGAUCAAGUCGCAUAAUCAUUCCAGAGCACUGAAAAAUGGUCCAGCAAACUCUUUGGGUGCUAAGAUCACAAGUAAUGGAGUUAAGGAUUCAGGAGGCUUCGUGCAUAAGCAUAUGGAUCUUGGCAGGAGCUUGAAAGGCCAACACUCAGAGAUCACGUGGUUUGGAAUUUCCUGGAUCUGUGGCAAACAACUUAAGCAUUACGAAGCAUUUUAUCGCAAUGGGACAACCAUUUUUGCCCAUUCUUUUGUUCUUGUCAUGUCAGAGGAAGAAACUCGCUAUCUUGCUUAUCUAGAAGAUAUGUAUGAAGAUAAGAAAGGACAAAAGAAAGUGAAAGUGCGCUGGUUUCACCAGGACCAAGAAUUUGAUUGUACAAUACCACCGCCAGCUCCACACCCUAAUGAAGUCUUCAUAACUCCUUACUCGCAGGUCAUAAGUGCCGAGUGUGUUGAUGAUGUUGCUACUAUUUUAACUCCUGAACAUUAUGAGAAGUGUUCAGCAACAUCUCCUUAUUCGUCUUCCUGUGGUCUGCGCUUAUGCUUUAGGCAAUAUAACAAAAAAAAAUUCAAAUUCUUUGAUCUAACAUCUCUGGGUGGAUAUUUUAAUCAGCCUGUUCUUUCAUCCUUGGAUAUCUGUUCUUUUUCUGGGGAGCAGCAAUUCCGCAAUGCCUGUGAUAUAAAACAUGUUGGAUCAAAGAGAAUGACAUUUGUCAAGAGCCAUCAGAGGAUUUUGAAGGACCAUUUGGAUAUUAAAAUGUCCAGUGACAGAAACGAAAUGAGAAAACUCUGGCCAGCAUGUCAUAACUUGGGAUGUGAUCUGACCAUGAGAAGGCCUCUGUCAGUGAAGUUUAUAGGACCACGUAAUCUGCCAAAACCUCCCUACAAAGCGGAUGAGAAGAUUGAGCUACUAUGCCAAGAUAGUGGCAUCAGAGGCUGCUGGUUUAAAUGUACUGUUUUAAGAGCAAGUCAAAUGAGAUUGAAGGUCCGAUAUGACAAUGUGCAGAAUGAGGAUGAUUGUGGGAACUUAGAGGAAUGGGUACCUGCUUUCAAAGUGGCUGCUCCUGACAAAUUGGGCAUGAGGCUUUCAGGCCGUUUUACAAUUAGGCCAUUUCCUGAGUGUAAUUAUAUACCUGAGGAUGCUGCCUUGCAGAUUGGAACAGCAGUGGAUGCAUGGUGGAAUGAUGGCUGGUGGGAGGGGGUUGUUAUUGGAAUGGAAUGCUGUGGAGAUGAUAGCUUGCAAGUAUAUGUUCCUGGUGAAGAUUUCUUCCUAUCUUGUCAAAGAAAAAAUGUUAGAAUUUCUAAUGACUGGUCAGGGAAUAGAUGGGUCAGAGUUGACGCUAAGCCAGACAUACUAUCAUUGAUAUCUUCUGUCAGUCCAGUAGCAAAGCCAACUGCAAAUGGCGUGUUGGCCAAGGGCGCAGAGUCAGGCUGUUCUGCAAUGUCGGACCGUGAAGCCAUUGCUACAAAAGCUAAUUCAAUUGAAGAAAAUAAGCAAGCAGCAGGAAAUGAAGACGCUAAUCAAGUAGAAGGAAACUUGACAGAGAAAAUAAAUGGGUCAGUGGAGUGUGACAAGCCUUUCAGUACAAGAAAACGGUGCAGGGAUGAAGCUUAUGAUGGACGUUAUGAAGGUGAACUGGACUUAGAAGGCAAUGAAAAGGCAAGCAAUUGAGUUAUUGAUCCAGUCAAGUUUCCAAGUUGUAUAUAUCUCACAUACGCCUACCAGCUAUAGAAUAUGGUACGGAAACUCGAGCAAAUUUCCAGGGUCAGCUAACUGCAUUUUUGUUGAGGGACCUUGGUUUGCUGCUCUCUGUUAUCUCUCUUUUUAGCUUUUACAUUAAAAACUUACUCACGUAACCCAUAUUCUAGUGGCCCUUCAAUGGUUCCCCUCUGAUUUUGUACUAUGCCAUGAAAAUGUGUUUCUUGGCCUUAAUAGGCCCAAGUAGUUCUGGGCUCCAACCUUGGUUCUUUAUUGAUGGUUCAGUUAAAUGGGAAUGGCUAGAUCCAGUUGUUUCAGCA